UAUCAUCCCAGGGUACAGUGUGUUGGACUCUCGCGAUAUCUCAUUAUAGGUGUCCUAGGAGGGGCGGACAUUACUAAUUUAUUAUAUAAGAUUAAUUAAAUAUGUUUCGAAUAUUUAUACAUUUGGUAUCCAUAACAACAGUUUUGUCUGUCCACGGAAAGGAUAACUCAGUAUGUAGCGGGGAUCCCAUAUCUACAGUUGCCAAUAGACCUCGCCCUAAUGUUACAAACACCUUCUCGGCGCACAUUCAGUGUAAUAUAAUGAACAAAAAUGAGACGACGGACAUCCACGAGUGGUUUGACGACAGUCAGAACGCGGGGAGGGUCCGGCAGCUGGCCUCAGGGGUAGAACUGGACGCCUGGUACAGCUACACCACUAACGAGUUCAUCGCGUACGUACCAGGAGGCGGUUGUGUGGUACAACAACUCAGUACAUCUAACCAGCGCUUCCUUCUGGGUUACACCACGAGUAAUGGCGGGAAGAUCUUCUCGGCGGCCCAGUCCCUCCACAUGUCGGGUCAGGGGAUUAACGAGAUCUACAUGGGGCUGAGCAGUGUAAGGGGGAUAGCGGUGGACGUGUGGCAGAGCUGUCAAUACUGGCAGAACAUGGACGCCACCAUGAAGGUGUUCUGGUACUUUUCUGCGGCCAAUCCAGAAUGGGACACGGCGGUGGGCGUGACCGUCCCUAUAGCAGCACGUGUCACGGGCGUUAUCUACGACCCGGGCGCCACAACCGGUAGAAAGUUUGACCACUGGUAUGAAAUGUUCCAUUACCGACAGACUGUGUCAGAUCCUAAAAUUUUCGAGACUCCCGCCGGGGUUCAAUGCCCAGGACGUAAGAAUACUAAGGCCCUACCCACAAUGCCUCCAGCCUUCAGUUUUAUGUCGGAAUACGUCGACAAGACUAGGAAAAUUGUGUCUUUUAUGAAGGAGUACUAUUCUUUUACUGAGAAGAUGGUGAUGUACUUUUCCCGUCCACUUCCUUCAGACAUGAGUCCUUAUGGCGUAAGCGAUCUGAGAGAAAUCCAUGACUUUAACACGGGUGUGGCUUACAUCAUUGACACGAUGUACGGUAACUGUACUGUUCAGCCUAUAAAACAGACGUUCGACACACGCUUUGUCGACAAAAACCACCUCAGAAUCAGGAAUGCUAAGGAAUUCUUCUACUUUGAUGUCAUCCAGUACACGUAUGAGGGCGUGAAAACGGUCCGUAACAUUGAUUGUGACAGCUGGGUCGGGGUGAGGGCAAACUGGCCGUCCCCCGGGGUCAACUCUACGUGGCAGUGGUACUUCGCUUCUAACCAGUGGGCCGAGGUUAAUACAGGGGCUGCACAGGGCGGUACUCCGGUACAACUGGUUAUCGACGCCCCCUCGGUGGCCUAUCACAACGAGUAUAACAUCUUUAACUUUGAUGUACACACACCGGACAUUCUGAAGUUUGACAUUAGUCAGUGCUACGUUAACAGAAACAGAAGGAAAUUCCAGCUCACUUUUUCAGGAGAUUACAAGUCAGCCGUUGAUGGGAACCUUGAAACCUUCAAGUAUAACAUCCUCAAAAGUCUCGUCUCCACCCUCAGUGUAUCAGCCAUUAGGAUAGCCAACUUAAAUGUAUAUUACUCCCCCACAGACAUAAUCGUGUCGUUUGAGAUCCUGGACGUGGCGCCAGUUGUUGGAGACGUACAGAGUGUAAUCAAAGAGACACCACUAAGUGUUGCUGCCAACACGCUACAGACCAAAGUCCAAAACUCACAGUUCGCCAUCGCUCUAGACAAAACAGCCUUCCCAAAUAUACCUGCCAUGGUACCCAUCAAAGAGUCUUUCACAGAAACAACGUAUCUAAAUAACAAGGGACAAAAGGCGACAGCUAAAACGGGAUACAGUCCAGGUGCCAUGGCUGCUGUAGGCGUCACAUUACCGAUAGUGGGUGGAGCCUUAGGAGGGGUGUUUGCUUAUUUCUUCUUCAAAUAAACAUUUUUAAAAAUCCUAAAGCAAGGU